GCAAGUGCUUGGGAUUGAUUCCACUAUUUAUGGAGAAGAAUUUGCCAGCAUGGAAGCACUGGGCCAACAGCGCACAUCUUCUUUUAACAGCGUUGUUCAUCAUUCGAGCGAUUUGGCAUUGCAUGCCAAUUGAAUUGGAUAACGAUCCGGAGUCAAUGGUCAUGAAACAUAGCGGAGUGAUAAUGAUUGUUUCAUAUUACAUUCAACCAAUUGGUGGUACAGUCACCAGUCGGAUGUUUAGUGCACAGAUUUGGAAAAUUUUCAAAAAGUUUGAUGUGAUGGAUAGUAAGUUCAAGAUGCUAAAUUGUCCGUCACAACACCGAAAAGAAAACCGUUUCGUUCUCAUAUCAACCACAUGUGCCAUCGUCGGAUCUUUCUAUUCUUUGAUGCUGUACACAGUAUAUCCAUUGGAAGUAGAUGUUGAAUACGUAUUCGAGUUGAUAUACUUUACGUGGCACUACUCUUUAUCCUGUGUUUAUGCCUCAUCAAUAUCGUAUGUUCUUCUCGAGCGAUGGAAACUUAUGAAUACGACAAUCAGUAAUAAAUUCCCGCCGUGCAAAUUAGUCAGAGAAGUCGCAACUGCAUCCAAAAUCAAUGAAGAUCAGCAACUUAAAAGCUUGGAAAACAUCCGAUUCAUCGUAGACGAACUUAAUGAAACGAUAGAUUUGGUGAAUAGUUUCUUUUCUACGCAGAUGUUAUGUUGCGUAGGCAUCACUUUUGUUAUCGGAGUGGGUUGCUCUUUCUACUUGUUCCGGGCCUUCAUCUACCGCAAUGAUCAGCUCUUCAUGGGAGCCAUAAACUUCAUCUGGUAUAUGUAUUAUCUAUCAUUUGUACUACUUUUCAUCGUCACUGCCAGUAAAAUAUCUGACGAGAGUCAACGCACCGGAAUAAUCGUCCACAAGGCCAUAAACUUCUGCCACACAUCUAGAACCGUAGUCAAUGAACUAAUGAUUUUUUCUCAGCAACUACUACAUUACAAACCAAUAAUAACGUGCGGGUUGUUUGCCUACAAUGGAUCACUUCUAUACACGAUGCUCGGAGCCACCGCCACCUAUCUUAUUAUCAUGAUACAAUUUGAUGUCUCUUUUCCUAGCUUGGCGAUUGUAAACUCAACCGAGCCUCAGCAGCUGUAAUUUCUUUGAGAAGAUAUCUCCAUCAUCCAAGCCUGCUUAAUUUACCUGAAACAAU